AUGAAAAUCAUCGUGACAGGCGGCACAGGCCUCGUGGGCUCCGAAGUAAUCCGCUCGGCUAUCAAGCACCAAUUCAUCACUCACAUCUACGCCGUCGUGCGCAAACCUUUGGACCCCAAGCUCGCAGACAACCCCAAAGUCACUCAGAUCAUCCACGACGAUUUUGAGAAAUGGGAUGAGGAUCGAUUGAUCAGGUUAUUUGAGCAUGAAGGCGUGCAGGGUUGUAUCUGGUGCGUAGGCGGCUGGACCAACAAAUUCCCCUCCCUCCAAGAAUCCCAACGCGUCAACAUCGCCAUGCCCCACUCGGCAGCCGAAACCUUUUCCGCAAUCCUCUCCCCUUCCUCCUCCGCCAUCGCCCAAUCCAAGAACAAACGCGGCAUCGCUUUCCGCUUCAUCUACAUGUCUUGCACCGGCGCCGAGCAAAACCCCUUCGCAUCCCUCUGGUACGCAGCCGACAGCAGGAAAACAAAA